AGACAUUCGAAUACAACUUAGUUAUAUCUGGCUCAGCAAACAGAAAGCAACAAAAAAUUAGAGAAUCAAAUUUAUUAUACAAAUAUUUUCCUCUAUUAAAUUUUCAACCAACUCCGUCCAAGGAAAUCCCGGAGUGUUCCCAUUAAUGUCAUGGCGAUGAAGAUGAACCAAAACCAGAACCAGUUCAAGAUAAGCUACACCCAGCAAUAUGUGGCCAGGAUCGCAGUGCCCCUGGUCGAACCCCUAAUCCCAGUGCCGCAGAUGUCCUCGGCAAAUCUACGAGUCCGUCGGGCGGUCGUCGAGACCUAUCGGGGUCGCCAACUCGCUCCCGAUGAUGCCAUGCUGCCGAUGCCGCCGCACAGCCAGGCCCAGAGUAUGGCCGCGAUUGUGCAGGAUCUUCAGCGGAGGGUGAAAGAUCUGAAGCUCUGGGACCGAGCCAUUCGCCUGCUCAAGAAACGAAUCUAGUUUAUAUAUCAACGAUACGCCACUGGUGAUCUGAGCCGUUUCCUAACCUAUCUGAGCCUACUUUUUCUUUGUCCACUUUCAAAAUCCCCAUCAAACAAGUUUAAAUUGUGUUCGAUUUUAGAUUCCGCAAACGAUGUUAUCCCCUAAAAUCGAUCACAUAUGUACAUAUUAUAUCGAAUCUAUAAUAUGACGUCGUUUUAAAUAUAUACACAAAAAUGUUUAAAAAAAAA